AUGGAUGCUAUUGCUGAAGCAAUUGGAGAGCCAAUCUGCCUAGCUAUGUACCAGGUUUGCCUUUUCAGUAUCAAAAAAUGCGUUGGUGGAGCAAGAGUUCCAGGAGAGAUGUCCAGUGCCGGCGAUAAUAUGACAAUUACGGAAAGAUUCAAAAAUGUUCUUGAAAAUAUUGUCGGCCGCAAGUUUUUUGGUAUGACGGAUAAAGAGACUGACUCAUUUCGCAAAAGGUUCGGUGCACAUUUCAAAGACUGGAAGGCAAGCAGUUUUCGUAUUUCCGAAUUUCGAUUCAAGUAA